AAGUUGCAACAACUUCUUCUUACUCAUCCGAACCUAAAGACAAUAUACGGAAAGAAGUGGUGGACAACUGCAGGGGUGAAUUGUAUCAUCACUGAGAACGGACACAAGAUUGAAGCCACACCCAUCAAGUUACAACCUUCAACUCCAAGUGUCAACAACAAGUCACUCGAUCUUCGCUCCUGUCAUCUUCAAGACAAAACAAACAAGAAUCCAAACCCAACAACCAAAACCAGGCACGAACAAACCCUAAGACCAGAGCAACCACAUCCGCCCAGCUCCAAACAUGGCCUCUACCACCACCUCCUCCCGACGAAGCUCAUCCUCCUCCAACUUCAGCACCACCACCAGCAGCAGAAGCGGUUCACAUUUCUCUCACUGUUCACACCCACACCAUUCUUCGACGUCAUCGCCUUACUCGAGCACCGCCUCCAGCUUCGCAGGUAUAGGCCCUACCAUCACCAUCAAUACCACCUCCAGCGCGGCCAGCAGCCGCUCUUCCUCCUCCCCAUCGUCACCUUCAUCAGCAUCGGUUUCCUAUACAGCUGGAGAGGCCGCGAGGGAUGCACAGAUGGGAGCAUCUAUCUUGGCUUGGCCGGCUGAUGAGGA